AUGAAGGAACAUACUACAGAGCAAAGCCUUUCAGUGGUAGAAUCUCUCAAGCCAAGAUUCACCAAUGAUGGCCCUGAUAACUUCACUUGGAAAGAGAUCUAUGAUGAAUAUAAGAAAAUCCACAUUGGAGAGAAAUUUUAUGAACAUAAUCAAAAUGAAAAGGCUUUCACAGAAAGUGAAGCUCUUGCUAGACAUUUACAGAUAAUUUACACUGAAGACAGACUUUAUGAAUGUAACCAGUAUGGAAAAGCUUUUACAAAUCAGAGAGCAUUUACCGUACAUCAGAAGACUCAAACUGGGAAGAAACCUUAUAAAUGUAACAAAUGUGGAAAGGCUUUUAAAAAAAAGUUAUAUCUUACUGGACAUCAGAAAAUCCAUACUGGAGAGAAACCUUAUAAAUGUAACCAAUGUGGAAAGGCUUUUAGAAAAAAGGGAGCUCUUACUCUACAUCAAAGGAUUCACACUGGAGAGAACUCUUAUGAAUGCAAUCAAUGUGGAAAGACUUUGAAAUCAAAGCAAAGUCUUUGUGUACAUCAGAGAAUCCACACUGAAGAAAAACCUUAUGAAUGUAAUCAGUGUGCAAAGACUUUUACACAAAAGGUAGCUCUCAAUAUGCAUCAGAGAAUCCACACCGGAGAGAAACCUUAUAAAUGUAACCAGUGUGGAAAGGCUUUUCCACAAAGGGGAACUCUUACUAUACAUCAGAGGAUCCAUACUGGAGAGAAACCUUAUGAAUGUAACCAGUGUGGAAAAGCUUUUAGGAUAAAGGAAACUCUUACUGUACAUCAGAGAACCCACACUGGAGAGAAACUUUAUAAAUGUAAUCAGUGUGGAAAGGCUUUUAAAAGAAGAGAUUUUCUUACUAUACAUCAAAAAACCCAUACUGGAGAAAAACCUUAUGAAUGUAAUCAAUGUGGAAAGGCUUUUAAACAAAAGAGAACUCUUAUUGUACAUCAGAGGAUACACACUGGAGAGAAACCUUAUGAAUGUAACCAGUGUGGAAAGGCUUUUAGGAAAAAGGGUACUCUUACUACUGUACAUCACAGAACCCACACCAGAGAGAAAUCUUAUGAAUGUAACCAGUAUAGAAAGGCUUUCAAAUAUAAGUCUAGUCUUCUUGUGCAUCAAAGAAGCCACACUGGAGAAAAACAUUAUGAAUGUAACCAGUGUGAAAAGACUUUUAGGAAAAAGGAAACUCUUACUGGAUAUUAG